AAAUGAGCAGAAGAGAUUGUCUUGAAAUUCAUAAAAUGGGCCCAAUCAUCCAAGCUGGGCAAGUCCAAUUGGGCCUAAGCCCGAAGAUUGAAGAGAGAUAUACUUGUCGGUCUAACGGUUGCUAAACCCUUUGCCAAACGCAGUACUAAACAUGAAACACAUCUUUCAGUCAUUGCAGUUAAUCUCCCGCCAUUUCCUUUCUAAGCCAAGCAAAUUCUCUUCCUUUACAAACCCCACAACCAGGCUCACCAAACAAUCCUGCAUCUUUUUUCUUAAAAACUGCAAAUCAAUAACCCAUCUCAAACAAAUCCAUGCCCAGAUUUUUCGUUUGGGUCUCCACCAAAACACCGACGCAAACAACAAGCUAAUGGCUUUUUGCGCAGACCCAUCUAAUGGAAAUUUGCAAUAUGCAGAGAGACUCUUCAAUUACAUACAGAAUCCACCUUUACUUAUCUACAAUCUCUUGAUCAAAGCGUUUGCAAAGAAAUGUUACUACAGAAAAUGUGUUUCGCUCUUCAGUAAAUUGAGGGAAAAUGGGUUAUGGCCUGAUAAUUUCACUUACCCAUUUGUUUUUAAGGCAAUUGGGUUUUUAGGACAGAUUUUAGGGGGUGAAAAGAUACGUGGGUUUUUGGUGAAAACUGGGUUGGAGUUUGAUACAUAUGUAUGUAACUCGCUCAUUGACAUGUACGCUCAAUUUGGUCUAAUUGAUGUUAUGAAGAAGCUGUUUGAUGAAAUGCCUGAUAGAGAUGUAAUUACCUGGAAUGUGAUGAUCUCUGGAUAUGUUAAAUGUAGAAAAUUUGAGGAUGCUAUAGAUGUUUUUUGUCGUAUGCGAGAAGAAACUGAUUUGAGGCCUGAUGAAGCUACGGUUGUAAGCACUCUUUCAGCUUGCACGGCAUUGAAAAAUUUGGAUCUCGGUAAGGAAAUUCACCAUUAUGUGAGAGAAAAACUUGAAUUUAGUUCAAUUAUCGGAAAUGCGUUGCUGGAUAUGUACUGCAAGUGUGGUUGCUUGAGGAUAGCACGAGCAAUUUUUGAAGAGAUGCCUUAUAAAAAUGUCAUUUGUUGGACAACAAUGGUGUAUGGUUAUGCAAACUGUGGUGAGCUAGAUGAAGCUAGAGCGUUGUUUGAGAGGAGUCCAGUCAGGGAUGUUGUUAUUUGGACAGCUAUGAUUAAUGGGUAUGUUCAGUUCAACCGUUUUGAUGAGGCAGUGGCACUGUUUAGGGAAAUGCAAAUCAGAAGAGUUAAACCUGACAAAUUCAUAAUGGUUUCUCUUCUUACAUGUUGUGCUCAAACAGGAGCAUUAGAGCAAGGUAAAUGGAUUCAUGAAUUCAUAGAUGAGAACAGUAUAACAGUAGAUGCAGUUGUUGGAACUGCUCUAAUAGAAAUGUAUGCAAAAUGUGGGUGCAUAGAAAAAGCUUUGGAGAUUUUCUAUGGGUUAAGAGAAAAAGAUACAGCCUCAUGGACUUCAAUUAUAUGCGGGCUUGCCGUGAAUGGAAAGACAAGAAUGUCACUCGAUUUGUUUUCAAAAAUGAAACAAGCUGGGGUUAGACCUGAUGAUAUUACCUUUAUCGGAAUUUUAAGUGCCUGCAGUCAUGGAGGAUUAGUUGAGGAAGGUCGUAACUUUUUUAAUUCCAUGACGACUAUGUAUCAGAUUAAGCCAAAACUAGAACAUUAUGGUUGUUUGAUUGACUUACUUGGUCGAGCUGGACUUCUUGAUGAAGCAGAGGAGUUAAUAAAGAAGGUGCCAGGUGAAGAUAAGGCCAUUGUAGUUCCACUUUACGUCUCUUUGCUUAGUGCUUGCAGAAUCUAUCGGAACGUUGAGAUGGGUGAAAGAGUGGCUAAACAGCUAGUGAAAAUUGAGUCAAGUGAUUCCGGUGUCCACACACUUCUUGCUAAUAUAUAUGCCUCUGCAGACAGAUGGGAAGAUGUAACAAAAGUGAGAAGGAAAAUGAAAGAUCUUGGAGUUCAAAAAUUGCCCGGUUGCAGCUCAAUUGAGGUGGAUGGUAUCAUCCAUGAGUUUUUAGCUGGGGAUCCAUCUCAUCCUCAAAUGAGAGAAAUAUAUUCCAUGUUGGACGGAAUGGCCAAACCCCUGAAGGGUUCAGAAAGGAAUGAAAUGGAAACAAAAGAUAUUGUUGCUAUGACUUUGGAUGAACAAAAAUGCUUGUUCAAUAUUUUAUCUACAGGAAAUUUCUCAACAUCAUAAGUUGUAAUCAAUUCAGAUGGUAAAAUUCCAAGAAAUUCUCUCAGGCUAGAGAAUUAAGUUACUUCACACCCAAAUUGUCAAGAAGGGACUAUAGAGAUAUAUUCACCUAUACUUUGAUGAAGAGGCCACUCAAAUAUGUUUGGCUGGAGUUUUUGAUUGGGUGCUGAAACGAAUGUUCACUGCAGAAUUUCAAGGCCAUACUGUUACUGGUUGAAUUUGAGGUGCAGCCUCUUUAGUUUUGUGGCCUAAAAAUGCCUGCUUAUAUUUAUUUUAAAAUUUUGCAAUCAGAGUUUGUCUGGAACACCAUUAAUUCCAAAUAUUUUUUCCCAUUUUUUUCCGAAAAUUAUCAGUCAUCAUCCGUUGCCCUCUGCCUCCAGAGUCAGAGUAUCUCUCUCACUAAUUUUGUCCCAGUUAAUAUCAGUUCUCUAUCUUAAUUUUCCCUUGCUUUCUUAACUCAGUUUCUCUUACUGAGAAACCUUUUAAUCUUUGCAACUUCUCAAAUCACUGAAAACCGGGAAAGCGAAGGAUGUGAAAACUGCGAGUGAAGGUGUGAUCUCAAACAGAACUCUGCAAUCGCGUAUCAAACAAUAUGCUUUUUUAUGUAUACAUUGGAUGCUUCAGUUUCUAUUCUUGCAACCAGCUGUAGAAAUUGUUAUGAGCUGAUGCUGAUUAUUUCAGUGUCUUCAACAUCCGUAUCACUUCAUAUCAUAUCUGCUGAUCUUCAGGGAUUCUUUUGUUAAAAAACCUUUCUUUUUAAUCUCCUCUGCUUUAAUAAAGAAAAUAAAAGAGUCAAAUUGAAUUCUA